GCAGAUUGUUCCUGGCGGAACCAGCGGUCCGAGUCGUUUCAACGAGCUUUUAGAAGCUUUAAAAAAUGAAUAUGAAAGUCUUAGUCAGGAGGCUAUGACUUAUAAAAUACAGCGCGAAGAAUUUGAACAUAAAGUUCAACAACAAUCCGAGGAGGUUGCCCUUAUUCGUCAGGGUUUAUAUGAAUUACAAGCUACACAUAAAGGCAUAAAGCAACAUGGUAAUGGCGCCCCUGGUCUUGCUGCUCCUCCUCAAAUGUCCAUGGAUCCUUCACAACAACCAACAAAUCAACCUGGCCACCCGGGAAACUAUCCUGGUCCUAGUGGUCCUCCUCAGAGUGUCCCACAAGCUGGAGGUAGUUCUGCUCAUUCUCCAUAUCUUAAUGGUGGUGGCGGUCCUCCAGGUACUCUAUCACAACCUCAUACUCCUAAACGACCUCGAAUAGAGGAUGGCGUUUCAUCUGCCGGUCCUCAAAAUCCUCUCGGCAUGACCCCUAGCUCUCAACAAUCUCAACCUUUGUACGGUAAUAAUAGUAUCCCUCCGCCUCAAUCUGGCCAAGGUCAACCCAUAUCUCAAGGUUAUAUUCCUCCUGUUGGUCCAAGUAGUAAACCUGGUAACAAAAUUUCAAAGCCUGUAACUUUAAUACCACAGAUUCCUCAAAAUAUUGGUGGUCCUGAUCAACAAUCCUCUGGUGUCCCUACCAAUGGUAAUACACAAGCGGUUUCCUCAAAUAAUAAACGAAAGAAUAAUCAAAAUAUGGGUGCUCAACUACCAGGAACUCGUGCUCCAAUAAAGCAAGGUUCGCUUAGUGGUAGUAAUCAAACGUUAGGUGAUAUGGAUCCUGAUACUGUACCCGCUCAACUAAAAAAAGAAGGUGGUGAUUGGUUUGCAAU